AUGACCUCGACACAACGCACGUCAUCAUCACUACAAGACCUGUGCGGCACAGUACAGACGCUCCUGCCACCGCAAUUCCAGAAAGAUGCAUGGUAUCUGAUCGUGGCCUCGGUCCUGGUCGGCUGUGGGAAACCGGCGGAGUUGGGCCCUCUUUACACUAGUCUCGUAGAAAGGGUCGAUGACGCGGAAGAGAAACGCAUCAAGGCGCGUCUCAGUGACCUGUUAAUGAAAGAGUGGACCCUUGUCGGCAUUCCCCCGGUUGUAUACGGCGUGACUGCCCUGGGAAAAGCUGAAACGGCCAGGAAUGAGAAAAGAGGAAUCAAGAUUGAGCCGCCGUCGGAGGAAGGAUUGUUGGAGUUUCCUCAGCAUCGGAAAAACCUCGAUAUGAAUGAAAGUAUUCCCGACAGAGGUACAAAGUUUUUACAGAGCCUUUACAAGGAAAAUCUCGCGCCUAUUUGCGCGUCGUGGGGCACGUUUGCGAGUGAUUUCAUGUGGAUGGAACGCGCAGUUAUUUAUGGUCUGUUUCUUUCGGACCAUGAAGUUUUGUCUGCGGUCGAGGCAGAGCUGGUCAUUCUGGCGAGUAUUAUGACACAGGGUCUGAGCGCGCCGACUAUUUGGCAUCUUAGAGGCUUGAGACGGUUGGGCGUGAAUGAGGCUGACACGGAGAGUGUUCAGCAGGCGAUUGAGGCUGUUGCGACGUGGUCUGGACGGUCGGUUGAGGGAUGGCCAAGAGUUAAGGAUGUACCGGACGAGAUUGAAGGCUGA